CAAUACAUCACCCGUCUGAGGCCAGCCGGGGUAAAGUGCAGUCAGGGACAGGGCAGCCAGUCUAAGACCAGAAUUCACCGCGUACACGCCGACAACAAAUCAGCGGUCCAGCAUUUCGGUUCCACUCGACUCGACUGCGCAGCGCUUGGUUUUUUUUUUAAUGUAGUGUGAGAAUAAGCAGCUGGAGAUCUCACCACCCCCGCUAACAUACGCUCAUUGCUUGAUGACUACCCGCUCGGCACGCUGGCACGUCACCAGGUGUUCCAAAGGCUGUCUGUCUGCCGUGUGACAAACUCGGCCCUCGUAUUCUCUGUCGAGCAACGUGAGUCGGGAACAACUUCGCUCAGUGUCCUUUACACAUUCUUCCAACGUCUGUCGCCAAUUGUAACAUUAUGGAACGCCGAUGCGCACGGGUUGCUUUAUUUUCAGCUGUUAACAUGUAUAUUUAGGGGUGCAAUGUGAUCGUGUGAUCUAUUUUUAAGAUGCCGAUCAAGGCAGGUGGUACCAGCACGACUCGGUUUUAAAAUUGCGCAUGUUCAGAAUUUCUUCAAGUGUAAAAUAGUCUUCGAGAGACUUCAAAAUUAGCAGCCAUCGGAAACAGUCCUCGCUGAAUGUGCACUCGGGAAAUAUGCAACUGCGGUCGACACCUCCGUCGAUUCUGGGGGCAGUGGAGACCGGAAAUCGGUCCGAUAGUCUCGCCAACACCUCCCUGCUCGGAGACGGCCUUGGAUAUAACUUGUCGGACGGGGAAUACUCGAGGAACACUGUCGGGGUGGCCAGCAGUUCCGGCUACCAACUCCAGGGCUGGCCCACCAACCAGUCAUCGGCCGAAGUUACCGUUCAUCUGACGGUGGCCGAGACCGUCGUCAUCGCGCUGGUUCUAUCAACGCUGAUCAUCCUGUCUAUCGUGGGCAAUGUGCUGGUUUGCGUUGCCGUAGCAACAGAGGAUAAACUCCGGAAGACGGGCAACUCUUUCAUCGUGUCGCUAGCGAUGGCGGAUCUACUGGUCUCCAUUCUUGUCAUGACGUUCGGUAUGGCCAACGAUCUCCUCGGGUACUGGGCUUUCGGUCCCGAGUUUUGCGACGUGUGGAUUUCCUUCGACGUCAUGUUCAGCACCGCUUCCAUCUUGAAUAUAUGCGCAAUAAGCGUGGAUCGCUACUUGCACAUCAAGAAACCAUUUGCCUAUUACCGAUGGAUAACCAACAAGCGAGCCCUCUUGGCCAUAGCCAUGGUCUGGAUUAUGUCCGCCUUGGUGUCGUUCUUACCCAUCCAACUGGGCCUCCACAAGGAGUUUGGCGCCCCGGCCAAAGCCUCCACCACCCCGCCGCCGACUCCGGCCGCAGUGCUGGUGGAGAGCAACCCGUUCAUCAGCUGUGUGCUGGAUCUGAACCCGACCUACGCGGUAGUGUCGUCCACCAUCAGCUUCUUCCUGCCCUGCGUGGUGAUGAUCGCCAUCUACACCCGCAUUUUCAGCGCGGUCCGGGAGCGGGUGCGGAACGCUCGCAUGGGCCGGCUGGGCAAGAUCGACAACCCGGACUCCUCCUGCCACGGCAACCAGGCCGCCUCGGACCACAAGGCGGCUGUCACCCUUGGCAUCAUCAUGGGGGUGUUCCUAUUCUGCUGGGUGCCGUUCUUCUUGCUUAACAUCAUCUCGCCCAUGUGCGGCGGGCGGUGCGACCCGCCGCCGGCCCUCCUCAGUACCCUGACCUGGCUGGGGUACUUCAACUCCACCCUCAACCCCAUCAUCUACAGCAUCUUCAACCGGGACUUCCGCGUGGCGUUCAAGAGGCUCCUAGGCCUGAACUUCAUCAUAAAGAAAAUCCAGGAGCGUAAAGCGGGAUUGUUGAACUCAAACAGCCCCCGCAGUAGCAUCGAGAGCAGUGUGGCGUACACCAACGGCCGACGGGCCACAACAAACCACCAAGUCGACCAAGAUCCCGACAAGGUAACGCCGACGAGUGUGACGCGAAUGGAGUAUAUCUUCGACAGAGUCACGUCUUGCUGACAAGGUGUUCUUAGCCAAGAGUGCUUUUUUCUUUAAUCUAAUACACCCUUUUCUUUGUUGUCGUAUAGUAGGUUACGCCCACUCUAGUAGAUAAUUAAGGUUUGCUGGCGAGUACAUGUACUGGUUUCUCUGCGAUGGUCUUGACAAGGUAUUUGGCAGAAAAUUGUUGUUCAACUAAUUUGAAAUCGAAAUAUACAUGGUUCAUUUCAAUUACCUGGAAAAGGUGCGCACUACCAUUUGAUUUUUUGAGGUGAAAUGAAAGUAUGCGUACAACAGAAAUGGUUACGGAUGCCCCGACGUGACACACACUUUGAACCUAGACGACUUCCGAAGAUUGAUGUACCAAUUAGGUAUCUCUGUCGAAGCCCUGUUAUCAAAACCUGAUUGAUAUUUUGGCCACGUAAUUUUUGAAGUUUAGAGCAGACAUUUCGAACCUUCGAGUGAAAGCCCAACAAUUUUACAAUUCUCUCACGGUCUUUUUUAUAUGCAUGAAGCUUGUGUUUACGGACACUAAAAGUGCCCGGGUUGAUUCUACUGUAUAUAGCUACCUAAUCGAAUUAUAAUUAAUUAUAUUAAUUACAGCUCUAUGGUCACAUACACGAUAUUUAACAGCAGUUCUUGAGAAAUCUCAUUCAUAUUCUAGGCUUUUUCUUGCCAUUUGGCUCAGAAGUGCAUCACGAUCGCUUACCUCCACA